AGACUGUCAGGAUGGGAAGGUUGGUUGGCCCGGGUUCAAAGUUGUUGACAGGAAAAUACGUACACAGAAGCAGCGAGAAAUUCACAAUAAUGAAUAAAUCAACAAAUCUAGGAAAAUUUUGAAUGUUUCAAUUUGUUGUUAAUGUUGGACAAUACAUACCAGUUGUACCGUUGUAUUCCACGCAACAUGACUUUAUCUUGUUAUUUAAAAAAAAAUCGUAUGUUUUCCUAUAGGAUAAGUGAUGAGGGGAACCUAGAAACGUCAAACCAAACAGCGAAGAUGCAGUGUACCAGACAGAAUAAUUUCGUGUUUGCCAAGGUGCACAAAUGUGGCUCCUCUACAAUCCAGGCCAUCUUCUUCCAUUACGCCUAUAACCACAAGUUGAUAGUGGCUCUUCCAAUGCGUACCAGAAGAGCAUGGAUCGGAAAACCUCACAACAUCACAAGCAAAUCCUACAGAGCGACCCCUGGCGGGAAACAGUGGAACAUCUUCAACCAUCACAAUGUUUAUGACAAGGAAAUGUUUCUAAAGCUGAUGCCACCAGACACAAAAUUUGUCACAAUUCUCAGAGAACCGUCAAGUCGAAUAAGUUCGGCUUUUAACUAUUUCCACUUGCACAAUUUUUUCACUGGAAUGUCGGAUUCUGUAACUAAAAAUAGGACUUCUCCCGUGAAGAUUUUUAUGAACGAUCCUUGGUACUGGGAGAAACGUUUUCAUCCACCGCUCAAAACCGGAGCGGGCUCGAUCUAUGAUUACGGUUGCAUUCGAAACUGCAUUGCGCAUGAUCUUGGCCUUGAAGAAAAACGUCGUACGGACCCGGAUGCCGUAAAACGUUACAUCGAAGAGCUGGACGAAGAUUUUACGACAGUGAUGGUUUUGGAGCGACUAGACGAAUCACUGGUGAUGCUGAAACGUCGCAUGUGUUGGUCACUGAGGGACAUCAUCUACCGAAAAGGCACCAGGCUCAAGAGUCGAUCUUAUAAGUUUAAAGGCGAAUCCGUGCAACUGAAGGGGUCUGACAUGAAGAACAAUUUUACACAGAAAAUGUUGGAUAACUUUAAAAACUUCAGCGCAGCAGACUUUGCGAUCUACAACCAUUUUUACGCAAAGUUGUCAAAAGAAAUCGCAAAAGAAGGACAGGAUUUUGUCGAGGAGGUCACACAGUUUCAAAACAUACUAGCUGAUGUAGGCCACUAUUGCAGAACACCACAUAAAGCACCUGUAUUAUGGCUUGAGAAGUCGAAGUGGAACGCUAGGUUUUCUAUAGACGUCAAAUUUUGCACAUUGUUAAGAAAAGAGCGACCUGGAUGGGCUGGACUUUUGAAAAGACAAUACUAUGAUCAUGUCUAAAACAGCAAUCACAGUAAAGGCUAGGAUAUUUACAGGCAAUCUAUUACAUAAACUGUGAGCUACAGUAAAAGGUUAUCAAAACAUCGAUAUUGUAUGACUUAAUAAGAAUAUAUGAUCAGCUUGAUGCUGCACAUACUCCAGAUUCUCUUUAGAGCCCUGAGUAUAUCAUUCAAAGUUAUACUUGAUUGCAGUGUCUACAACCAUCAAUUCUACUGUACGCAGCAAUACCACUGUCCCAUAGGCUUUGCAUUUACAGAAAAUAUUUUCUGCGUAUACUGGCUUACUGCACACAGAAUUUUAACAAGACAAAGGAAUUAUUCAUGUACAAAGAUAUCUGUCUAAGUCUUCAUCACCAAAGACUGUAACAUUAUAUGUUAUUUUAUCUACUUAUUUCGGACACUGAGGUCCGCGAAAUAGCCAGAUCAGUUUGACUUAUACAGCAAUCAUAUACAUUAUGUAAAUUUGAUAUUGUGACGGCGUCUCAGCUGAUGACGAAACUAUAAG